AUGCCUCCAAUGCAUUGUGCUCCCCUACUCCUCCCCCGCCGGCGACUCCGGCGCCUUCCCCAGGCAACGCCCCAACGGCAACUCCGGUGCCUCCCCCGCCGGCGACUCCGGCGCCUCCCCCGCCGGCAACUCCGGUGCCUCCCCCAGGCAACCCCCGAUGGCGAGUCCUCCCCGUCAUCAAACUCCCCCACUCCGUCGACUAACUCCACAUCUCCUCCACCGGCGUCUCUGAAUGGGGGCUUGCCGACGUGGAAGCUGGCGCUGAUAGUGGGGAUUGGGAUUGGGGGGCUCAUCGUGCUGGUUGGGGUGUGCAUAUUCGUGAUUCUUUAUCGAAGGAAAAGGACGCGGCUUGAUUCGGGGAGUUGCCCUCCACAGGGGCCUAAAGUAAGACCUUUUUCCGUACCAUCUCCAGGCAUGGAAUUAGGCUUUUCACAGAACAAAUUCACGUACAAAGAGAUAAAAAUAGCAACAGAUCAUUUCUCCAAUCUCAACUUACUUGGUCAAGGUGGUUUUGGCUACGUUCAUAGAGGAGUGCUUUCGUGCGGGAAAGUAGCUGCAAUCAAACAGUUAAAAGCUGGAAGCAGACAAGGGGAGAGGGAAUUUCAAGCAGAGAUCGAGAUCAUCAGUCGCAUACAUCACAGACACCUUGUUUCUCUCGUUGGUUACUGCAUUUCUGGUGCUCAUAGAAUUCUGGUAUAUGAGUUUGUGCCAAAUAGCACGUUGGAAUUUCAUUUGCACGGAAAGGAUCAACCAACUAUGACUUGGCCUAUAAGGAUGAAAAUUGCUUUAGGUUCAGCAAAAGGGUUGGCCUAUCUGCAUGAGGAAUGUAAUCCCAGAAUCAUUCACCGUGACAUCAAGGCUGCUAAUAUUCUUUUGGAAUCCAAUUUUGAGGCAAAGGUUGCAGAUUUUGGACUUGCAAAGUUUGCUUCUGAUGCAGAUACUCAUGUAUCUACUCGAGUAAUGGGAACUUUUGGCUACCUGGCUCCAGAGUAUGCCUCAAGUGGGUAUCUCACUGAGAAAUCAGAUGUCUUUUCUUUUGGCGUAGUGCUUCUAGAGUUGAUAACUGGGCGUCGUCCAGUGAACAGAACUCGAACCUUUGAUGAGGAUAGCCUAGUCGAUUGGGCAAGGCCUUUGCUCACAGAAGCAUUAGAAGGUGACAAAUUUGAUGCCAUUGUUGAUCCAAAAUUGAACAAGGACUACGAUACUGAGGAUAUGACUCGGAUGAUCGCUUGUGCUGCUGCUUGUGUUCGUCAUUCUGCACGACACCGCCCGCCAAUGACACAGGUAGUUCAAGCAUUGGAAGGAAACCUUUCUUUAAGCAAUUUGAAAGAAGGAAUUAUGCCGGGACAUAGCAGAGUAUAUAAUCGUUGUGAGAGCUCAGAGUAUGACACAAACCAAGACCAGGAGGAUUCAAUGAUAUUCAAGAUGAGGGCCCUAGAAAGUCAAGAACAAGCCACAAGCGAGUUCAGUUGCCCCUAUAGCGAGGAUGACCUUCAACCAUACAACUCAAGUAGUGGGGGUCAACAGACCACUCAAGAGAGGGACAUGGGGAAAAUGGCAGAGGAUGGUCGUCAUGCUAGUGAAGGCACUUAA